AGUGACUUUUCACAUAGAUGUGUAGAGAAUGGUCGAGUGCGAAAUUGUGUCAGUAAUAUUACUCCAUUGCCCUGCCUGUGCGUUCCCUCCCUCCCCAGUUCACCUUGCCCCGCGAUCUGUUCCCUCAUCUCCGAUUCCGGCGUCCGAACCAGAUUUAACGGGGAUAUCGGCUCAGGGUUCCGUGCCGGCGAUGAAGGAGAAGCGCGGGCUCGAGGCAGGCGGCGGGGACGGACGCCCUGAAGCCAAACGGGCGCGGCCGCCGGCUCUGGCCAGUGUUAUUGUUGAGGCACUAAAGAUGGAUAGUUUGCAGAGGCUCUGCUCAUCAUUGGAACCAAUUCUUCGUAGAGUAGUCAGUGAAGAAGUGGAGCGCGCACUGGGCAGAUUUGGUCCUGCAACAAUCAGUGGAAGGUCUUCUCUAAAACGAAUUGAAGGUCCCGAUGGAAGAAAUCUGCAACUCCAGUUCAGGACAAGGCUUUCACUUCCUCUUUUUACUGGAGGAAAAGUUGAAGGGGAGCAAGGAGCUGCAAUUCAUGUUGUUUUGCUUGACGCCGUCACCGGUUGUGUUGUAUCUUCUGGACCAGAGUCUUCUGCCAAACUUGAUAUUGUUGUUCUGGAAGGUGAUUUCAACAAUGAAGAUGAGGAGGGAUGGACAGGAGAAGAGUUUGAAAGUCACAUAGUGAAGGAGCGUGAGGGAAAGCGACCUAUUUUAACUGGUGAUCUACAGGUCACACUAAAAGAAGGUGUUGGCACAAUUGGGGAGCUUACAUUCACAGAUAACUCUAGCUGGAUAAGAAGUAGGAAAUUUAGGCUUGGUCUGAAGAUUGUCUCAGGGUUUUGUGAGGGUGCUCGCAUCCGUGAAGCAAAAACGGAAGCCUUUAUGGUUAAGGACCAUAGAGGAGAAUUGUACAAGAAGCACUAUCCACCUACACUGAAAGAUGAGGUCUGGAGGUUGGAAAAAAUAGGGAAGGAUGGGUCCUUCCAUAAAAGGCUGAACAAAUCUGGAAUAUCUACAGUUGAGGAUUUCCUUAGGCUUGUGGUUCGGGACCCACAGAAGUUGCGCAGUAUACUUGGAGGCGGCAUGUCCAACAGGAUGUGGGAAACCCUUGUGGAACAUGCAAAGACUUGUGUCUUAAGUGGAAAAUAUUACAUAUACUAUUCUGAUGAUAGCAGAACUGUUGGUGGUAUUUUUAACAACAUCUAUGCAUUCUGUGGGUUGGUUUCUGGUGAGCAAUUCUAUUCAUCUGAGAGUCUUGAUGAUAGCCAAAAGAUCUUUGCUGAUGCAUUGGUGAAGAAAGCAUAUGAUAAUUGGAUUUAUGUCAUUGAAUAUGAUGGUAAAGCUCUCUUGAACCCUAAACCAAAGAAAAAGGCUGCAUCCACUGGUCAAGCUGAGAUGCAUCCUACUCCUGUGAGUUGUUCUGCUUCAUAUCAACAGAACGUCUCUUUGAGCAUGCCAGGACCAUCACCAGCAGGCAGAACUGAUUCCAUAGGGUAUGAUGUCGAUCAAUCAGCAACGCAUCCACCUGAGCUUCAAAGUACAUCCACCAGUGUCCUUCCACCAUAUGAUGACACAUUUUCAUUCUUACCGCCUAACAUGCUGACAGAGCCUGUUCAUCAAGAAACUGCAAAUGAUGCCAUGGGGCUGGAACUGGGCCAGUUGCAUCAAGUAAUUUCACAAAGUCAGUCAAUUCAGCCAGCAAAUGUUGGAUAUGCUGAUUGGCCCAGUUCCAGCCACCGUGAUAUUCAGUAUUCUGAUGGCUUCACCGAAGAAGAUAUUCGCAUCAAAAGCCACCAAAUGCUUGAGAGCGAAGACAUGCAGCAGCUGCUCAGCAGGGUCUUCAGUGUGGGUGGAGCUUCUAGCAGCUUGCCAGAAGAUGCGUACAAUUUCCAGUCUUGCAUGCCAUCUCCCUUACCAAGCUUUGGUUUCGAAGGUGAGCGCAGCCAUUCGUCUGGCAAAGCUGUCGUUGGGUGGCUCAAGAUAAAGGCAGCUAUGAGAUGGGGAAUUUUCAUCAGGAAGAAAGCUGCUGAGAGGAGGGCGCAGCUUGUUGAGCUGGAGGAUUGACAUCGUGUCUUAACGCGGGUCACAGUUAGAUGUUGGUGCUGUAAAUUAGUUAUUUGGCUCUCAUAUCACCGUGAUAUCCAUUGAAACAAGUUUCUGAAAUGUACAACGAUUAGUUCUGCUAUCUUGUAAAAAAAAAAAAUUGUAUCCCGUUUGCUUGUGUAACAUUGUUCUGCUAAUUCCGACAUAAUACUCGAUGGUAUGCAGUGUAUCUGUUUUUUUUUUCUUGCUCUUUUGCGCAGAAUAUUAUAACAGCGUGAAUUAAUGCAAAGAUUAGUUUGUGUA